AUGUCUCUAAAAUUAACUCUGGUUGCUGGUCUCACGGCUACUGUUUCUUUAGCCGGCACUUUCGCCGGCACUUUUCCCAGGCAGCACGACGCCCGCGUCUGCGGUGCGCCAGAGCCCAGCGAGGAUCAGGUGACUACUGCCAACUGGUUCGCGACGGAAGAGGCCAAAGGCAAGGUGCUCCGCCACGUCAAGAAAGACACCAUCACCGUUGAGGUCUACGUCCAUGUGAUCGCUGCCGAUGAGACCAAAGGCGGUGGCUAUGUCAGUCGAGACGAUGUCAAUGCGCAGAUGGAUGUGCUCAAUAACAACUACUCCAAAGGUCACAUCAGUUUUACCCUUGAGGACGUGGACUGGACUGUCAACAAGAACUGGACCACCAACGGUGAUAUUUUGAACCGGAAGAAGACUCUCCGUAAAGGCGGUUACAGUGCUCUCAACCUGUACUAUGUGAACCAAAUCGGCGGGGGCUAUGUCGGCGGCUGCGGUUUCCCUUUUGACGCCAAGCCUGGCUCUGAUGAUUUCUACUGGGAUGGCUGCACCAUGGUUUUUACGACCAUGCCGGGCGGCUCGGCUAUAAACCAAAACGAGGGCAAGAUAACAGUCCAUGAGGUUGGCCACUGGUUCGGCUUAAUGCAUGUCUCCGACAAUAUGGGUGGUGGUUGCACCUCUCCCGGUGACGGUAUUGACGAUACACCGCCGAUGCUGACGCCGCUGUUCGGAUGCCCGACUGGCACCGACUCAUGCCCUGACCAGCCCGGCGUGGACCCCAUCAACAACUUCAUGGCCUACACCGACGACUAUUGCAAAACUGAGUUUACCCAAGGCCAAUUCGACCGCAUGUGGAGCAACUGGAACCGGUACCGCAAGGGCAAAUAA